UUUGUUUUGGGAUUAUAAACAUGGGGAAGAGAGAUGGGUCUGCCUAUCAGUCUUGCAAAGCCAUACCAAACCCUCACCUUCACCUCUUCUUCCCUUGCUACCUCUUUAUCUUCCGUCUCCUCCUUCUAGACCCAGAAAGAAGAAAAUUUGAUCGGAACAUUCAACAGCCCUUUCAUUUUUACUCUCUCCCAUUUUUCUAACCUAUCUUUGAUUUGAUUUUAUAUUAUUUUAAAUGGGUAUCUGAUCUGAAGAUUGGAUUUAAUUUGCCAUGGGAGAUCAUUGAAAUGAUUUGGUUACUGGGUUUGUCUUUGAUCACGGGCCUUCGUUGAAAGGACGGAAGUUCAGAUACGCAUGUGGCACUAAGCCAAAAUCUUGAUUCCGAUGUGUUUCAGGCGUAUGCAUUGAUUCUUUCAGCAGCCAUGAGCUCAAUAUACUGGUGUGGUGGUCGGAAGAUCUGUGCCACUCGCGAUUUUUGGAUAGUUAUUAUGUGCUUGAGUCUCUCUUUGCAUCCUUUUAAGGGAAUGGGAGUAGAAAUGUUGGGAAUGUGGAUGCCAGUGGUAGAUACAUAGUAUUUUGCUUCUCUCUAGAUUUUUGGAUCAAUGCUGUUGGCGUGAAUGUGGCAGAAUUGGUGGAGCUUAUCUUUUUAUCAAGUAACUGUGACAAUGAUGGCAUUUGGAUUGACAGCUUCAUGUGUUCAUUAAAUUAUAUUAAAGCGUUUUUGUUGAUUAGAAGACUCACUGGAGAAUGGUGAAUUCAUACAAGCGGUGCAGGGUGAAUGAAAACUGAAACUGCACCUAAGAAGGGAAAAAGAGAAAAGCAAGUCAUUAAGCUCUUCUUUUAGAAAGGAUACGGAUUAGUUUUUGCAAAUACUACUCAUGGGCUUGCCUCAAGUUCCCUCAAGUGAAACUGGUGCGGAAGUUGAAGCAGCAUCCUCAGAUACAUUUUUGAAGAAUCCACCUCGAUUUACCGAUGUGAGCACCUCUGAUAUGGAUGGAAUGCACAGUGAAAGCAUGAGCCCAUCCACUGGGAAUCCACCAUUCUCUUCUAAGAUAGAUUUCUGCAGUAAUACCUGCUUGGAGCUUGCAAAAGUUCAUGAAAACUCGGCUAAGUUUAGAGGGGCAAUGGAAGUUACUUCCAAUAUUCAUGGUAUGAGGAUUGGUUCUGUGGAUAAAGGUGGUUGGUUCACUCCUAAAAGUGGACGGAAUAUUCAGAACCCUGUUUCUAGGGUCGUGGGUUUUAGAUCAGGCGGAACAUCUCUGACUAAUGGCCAUGUUCAUUCUUCCGUGAAUAAUAAUGUCACACUUAAUGAAACCGAGUCUAGUGGAUCGCUAGUCAGGAAGCGAUUGUUGUCUCCAUUGAGUAGCAUGCUUUCUCCAGAUCAAUUUAAUGGCGAUUCUUUAGACAUUGGGUGCAGAAACAUUCAGGCAAACUCACCUACCUUGAAUGAUAAUUUUAGCAUUUCUUUUGCAAAAGAUAAUAAGAAAGCAAAUGUGGGCAGCCAAAACCAUCUCACCUGGACAAGUUUCUUGGAACAGAAGAACACGCUGAAUGAUAACGGCAGGAGGGAGUCCACGUUAUUCACUGAUGGCCCCUUGCUGGAAAACAAAGAACCACCUGAUUGUAGUAGUUUUUUUCCUUCACCUAGUCUUGAUCACUUCAAAGAAUCAAGUAAGAUAAGGUCUCAAAGUGGGGCAAUAUCGAUAUCUCCCAAAAUGGUCGUCACACCAUCACUUUCUUUGUCACCUCUUGGUCCUAAGUUUUCUGAAAGAAUGAAAACUUCACGAGGAUGCAGGACUACCGAGAACAGUCAUUUAACCUUAAAAAAUAUAGAACAAUCAUUUGGGAGAUCUGACAAAGGUAUUAUCCUUGCCCGUGAAGAAGAGGAUUAUAGGUUUGGCAGUAAAUCAUUUGAAGAGAUUUACAUUUUGCAAAAAGAGUUACGUCCAUCUUCCUUGGAAAGUAAUACCGAUGUAAGUUGGCCUUUUCCCCAAGAGUCAGCUCCAACUUCCCAAUGCGUGAGACUCAUUAGAAGUCUAAGUGGACUUCCCGUUAGGAGGUCCCUGGUAGGUUCAUUUGAGGAAUCUCUAUUGUCUGGUCGGUUCUUAUGUGGAAAACUCUGUCAGAGAAUUGAUGGUUUUCUAGCUGUACUAAGCAUUACUGGAGGGAAUUUUUCACCGCAAUCAAGGAAGCUUCCAUUUUCAGUAACCAGUGUAGAUGGAGACUGCUACCUGCUGUAUUAUGCAUCCAUAGAUCUCGGGGGGAAUUCAUCAUUGAUCAAGAGCAGAGGCCAAAAACUGAAACAAGGACUUAACAAUGAUGAUUCACAAACUGUGAAGAGACGCCUGCGCAUUCCUAUGAAAGGGCGCAUACAACUGGUUCUCAGCAAUCCAGAGAAGACACCUCUUCACACUUUCCUUUGCAACUAUGAUUUGAGCGACAUGCCAGCUGGUACCAAAACAUUCUUGCGCCAGAAGCUCACCCUAGCUUCAUCAAGCCCAAAUUCUGCACAGUUGAAGCGAGGGAAUCUAGAUAUAGAUAGUACAGUUAUAGACAAGGGGGCUCCAGCCUCGCAGAAAAGCCAUCCCAUACAGUUUAGCAAGGAAGUAAGGAGUACAGGAGUUGACACUGUACAUGCAGUGAGAUCCAUAGAUAAAAAAAAUGAAAUUAGCGGAAGUGAAGACUCUAAAUUGGUUGAUUCAAUGGAUAAAGGGAGCUGUGUGAGCAAUCUUAAUUUAGGAGGGCUAAGUGACCCAUCCUUCUUGUCUGAGCACGGUUGCGACCCUGAUCAAUGCCAAAAGAUUGAGGGGAAGGACAGCGGCUGUGGGGGUAAAUGCCAUGAGACUCUCAGGAAAUCACAUGGUUGCUCAAAGGCCAAUGAUAAUGCUGCUGGUGCCGGUGCCCUUCGCUAUGCUCUUCACCUCCGUUUUAUUUGCCCUUUCCUAAAAAAUUGUUCAAGGCCAGUUCGUAGAUGCAAAUCUGAUCUUCUAUCCGUACAAGAAAAUAAGGAUGUGAAAGGGGUGCGUAGAUUCUACUUAUACAAUGACCUAAAGGCUGUGUUCCCUCAACGCCAUUCAGAUACUGAUGAGGGCAAGCUGAACGUGGAGUAUCAUUUCCCCGAAGAUCCGAGAUACUUCGACAUCAACUGAAUGUCUAUAUAUUAAAUAAACUUUGCCAAAAGCAAGCAAAGCCUAUUUGCUGUGUCCAUAGUCAAUCUCAUCUGGAAAACACACUAACCCAAACUUAUUUGCUUGUAAAGAAUUAGAUUCAAUAUAAUUUGAUGUUUAAAUACUA